AUGGGCAGCGUCGACACUCCUACUCCAGACAUCCUCUCAACAUAUUCAAUCCCCGCAGAAUCCGAGAAGCUCCUAACGAAAGGGUUGCUCGAGAACUCCAAGAUCGCAAAAGACAUCCCGCUCGAGGCCGAAGACUUUGCUCCACGGAUCAGAUUCCAGGGCUCAAACCUCCCCUCCAUUCCUAUCAAUUGGCGCUUCGCCGAGUCGACGGCAAGCUUGAAGGCAUUCGAAGCAUGCAUUGUCGCUGCGUUGGUCAAGCGCAAGUAUAAUGUCGAGGUGACAGGGGCAGAGAUCAACACCGACCACGCGCAGCUGUUCUUUAUGUCGACGCUCUUGUGGCAGAUUAAUCCGGACACGGAACACGUCAUCACGCCUGGCAAGAACCAAGAGGCCCUGUUUAAGAUGGUUCCCAACUAUGACUUCCACAAGAUGGGCUCCAGUGUGUACAGACACUGCGUCACAAACAUCUACCGGACGAAGGACGGGCGGUAUUUCCACCUUCACGGCAGUAUGAACCCCAAGCCCAGCCUCGAUAGCUUGGGAUUUCCGGAAGACCGCGACGACCUCACGACGUGGGAGGCCGCGAGGCAGCCGUUCAUCGACAAGAUGGCGAACAUUGACUCGACCGACAUGCAGCACCUGGCGUCUGACGUGUACAAGCAAGCCGGCGUGAUAUGCCAGACGGUCGAAUCGUACCGCGCUUCGGAGCACGGCAUGGCCAAUGCCCACGUCGGCCUUUUCGAGAUCCACGCCGCGCCGAAUAGCACCCAGAAACCUUCCUGGUGGGCCGAUAUGCCUCAGACGUCGGCCGCCAGACCGCUCGCGGGACUCAAGGUCGUGGACCUCACGCGCGUGAUUGCCGCCCCGGCCGUGACGAGGGGCCUGGCCGAGCUGGGGGCAAGCGUCAUGCGGGUGACGUCUCCGAACCUGGUAGACUACAGCAUGCUGCACGUGGACUUGUCAUGGGGCAAAUGGCAGUGCAGCCUUGACUUGAAGACCGAGGAAGGGAAGGCCAAGUUGCGGGACCUGAUCAAGGACGCUGAUGUCGUCGUCCAAGGCUACCGCCCAGGCGUGCUCGACAAAUACGGCUUCAGCCAACAAGACAUCAUCGACCUAGUCAAGGACCGAGACCGUGGCAUCAUCUCUGUGCGCGAGAACUGCUACGGCUGGAAUGGUCCGUGGGAUUACCGCUCCGGAUGGCAGCAGAUCAGCGAUGCGUGCGUGGGCAUUUCUGCUGGUUUUGGUCGGGCCAUGGGGCUGAAGGACGACGAGCCCGUGACUCCCGUAUUUCCAAACAGCGACUACAUGACCGGCAUCGCGGGCGUGACUGGCAUAUUAUGCGCAUUGAUGCGACGAGCCGAAGAGGGCGGCAGCUUCAAAGUCGACGUCGCGCUGAACUACUACAAUCAGUGGUUGGCGAACUCGGUGGGAGAAUACCCGGACGAGGUCUGGCAGGACGUGUGGAAGAGGAACGACAAGCAGGUGUUCCGAUGUUACCAUAAUAUGAAUUACCUUUUACCGCUGUACAUGGAGAUGAUAGCCAAAAACAGCAAGCUCCUCCAGCCGUCGUUCUUCGAGGACCGCGAGAGCAAGGCCAUUGGGGCCAUCGUCCGAACCAUCAAGCCGAUCACCAAGUUUGACGAUGACAUAGUCGUUCUCAAAUACAAUGUCGGGACGAGAGGCAAUGGCAAAGACGCGCCUCGCUGGCCGGAUGAUUUGAUGACCGAGGUUGUCCAGUGA